AUGCGACGUCCAGGUAUAGACACGACUUACGCGUCUGACGCGGACGCGUCGUUGACGCCGCAGGCAACCACCUUUGCUCCAGUAGGACUGGGCGUCGUUCCAUUGAUACCCAUCACGGACUCACUACGACAUUUUUCCUUGCUGCGCGAGAGUAGGUGGGGCUUUAGCCCUGUCAUGUCUUCAACGGUCUCCACUGGGGACUCAGCCAGUAGCACCGUGCAUGGCCCCCACUUUGGAAACCUGCGUGGCAUACUUGGCACCUCGCUUAAGGUGCCUGAGCGUAUGAUUGUUCCACUGGAGCGGCUGCGGCUGGUGCGUGGUGAGGUGCUGGGCGUGGGCACCUUUGGUGAGGUUUUGCGAGGGGAGCUGAGUAUGCUCAGCCCUGCUAUGCGGCAGAGCCCCGCACCCUCGAUGUCGUUCCCUUUGUUAACCGCACACAGCCGCUCCAAUUCGAGAACAGGGAAUUCCGUUUCUUUUAUGGGGCAUUGUAGCGAGGAAGAUCAGCCGCCAACGGCGCGAAGCAACACCAGUGGCGGUGGCGGUGGCGUUUACGGAGCAGGCACAGUUCAGGUGGAGGCGAACGCCACAGAUUUGACGCGGCAGGAUGACUGCAGGACCGUUUCACCGGAGAAUCCGGCACUGCAUAUGCGAUCAUCGCCGUCACCGCCGCAAUGCCACCCGAGGGAGCUGUCACGAGAAGCCGUUAUUUCGCGGACGCCACUGUGUGACGUUGCCUUUACGGAUCUCAGAAACGGCCCACUGCGGCGGGCUUUCCGCCUUGCGACGAACCAAAGCGAAGUGAGGGGCACAUCUAAGCCGUGGAGCAGCAGGGCCUUUGUUGCCGCUGAUAACGGGGUGGUCAUUAUGCCCGUGGCUGUGAAGCGGAUUGACAAGUCUAGUCUCUGGCGGCGGCCAAAGAUUCUCAAAUCGUUUGAGUCCGAAGUGAAUCUCACCGCCUCCUUAAGCCACCCGUGCAUCGUGAAGAUGUAUGGCGCGGCUGAGGACGAGGCCGAGCUGUACCUCAUCAUGGAACACGUAGUGGGGGACACGCUUGAGAAGUACAUCAAGACCCACGGACCGGAGCACUUGGCUCUCCUCGCUCCCCGCUUUCUCGCCGACGUCGUGCUGGUAUUGGAGUACCUGCACACCGUCGGGGUUGCUCACCGCGACGUCAAACCGUGCAACCUGCUGGUUACAGCUGACCACCACGUGGUCAUCGUGGACUUUGGCUGCGCCUGCUACCUUAGCGACGAGGCGGCGAAUACCUUCGCCGGCUCCGCCGCCUACAUGUCGCCUGAGGUGGUGUGCACGAGUAAGGCAAGCGCGACGAGUGAUCUGUGGGCCCUGGGCUGCGUCCUGUUUGAGCUCUUCGCCGGCCGCACCCUGUUUCACUCGGAUAGCCCCAUGCUUGUGAUGCGCAAGGUAAACAAUACCUGGACGACGAGCUGGAGUACCCGCCGCGCUUCCCGGCAAAGGCCAAGGACCUCGUGCGGCGUCUCGUGCGGCGGGAUCCCAUGGACCGCCUUGGCUCCGAUGCGAUGGGCGGCUUUGACGCCCUCAAGGCACACCCCUUUUUCACGGACGUUGACUGGACGCGGACGCCAAGGAAGUUGA